AGCAGCAGCUGAAGCUGAAGCUAAAAUCUGAAAUCUGUGACACUUUCUAUUCAGUCGUGCGCGUGAACACAGCCCGCUUCCGUAUCAGUGUCCGUAUUCGCAUUCGUAUCCGCUGCCGCAUCCGUGUCCCAUGCCGUCGCGUAAACUCCAAACAGUUCCAGUGCACAAGCCAAAGAAGAACAACCAAAGUUAGGAUCUAAGAAUAGUUCCAAAAAUAUAUUUUAAAAACUCAAUCAGUGGCCAAAGAUGGACGUGGCCAAGCUGCAAGCGAAUCCGGGCCAGCAUCUUCUGCAUUCGGCUGCUACGGCGGCACCGCCCGCCCAUCAGCACCACCUGCCCCUCGACUACAGUUUGGGGAAUUUCAAGCCUGCCAUUGCCGCCGACUUUCCUGGAAAUCCCUUCCUAACCAGUCCGCAGCAGCAACAGCAACAGCAGCAGCAAGCGUCAUCGUCAACAUCUUCCUCCUCCACAUCGUCCAUCGCAUCGCUGCAGGUCCGGGAUCUCAGUGCGUUGACCGCCAUGGCCACGAUACCCUCGCCCACCCAGCUGCUCCACCAGCGGAUGCAGCAGGCCCAAAUCUCGGUGGACGCCGCACUGGGGCACCACCAGCAGCCCACCCACACCCACACCCACCCACAGCAACAGCAACAGCCACAGAUGCCGCCGGCAUCCACAUCGCCUCGGGACUACGCGCCCAUGUCUGCCUUCAAGGCGGUGCUACCCAAGAAACGUACUCCCGACGAUGCCUCUCUCGCCUUUAGCAUUAGCAGAUUGGUCAAGACUGAACACCUGUCGGCGAUGGCAGCCGCCGCCGCGGGACUGAAGCCCCCAACGCCCCUGGAGGACAACAACAACUCCAUCUCUAUGCUGAGCAAAAACCAUCAUCAUCCCCAGCAUCAGCAUCAUCUCCAGCAGGAUCAGCAUCAUUCCCAGCAACAGCAGCAUCAGAUCCAGCACCGAUCCAAGACCACAUUCCUCAGUGCCAGCGAACAGUUGCGCCAGUCGCGCUCGCGUUCCCGCUCGAGAUCCAGGACGCCGUCGCACAGCUCCUCGCAGAUCGACAUGGAGGAUGCGGAUUCGCACCAGUCGCACCACUCGCACCGCUCGCUGCACUCCCGCUCUCGCUCUCCCAGGUCCCGCUCGCGCUCCCACUCGCGGUCACGCUCCCACUCGAGCAGCUCCUCCGUGGAACUGGAGGUGGACUCCCCGCCGGGCAGUCCCAGCAUCAGCUCCCCAAGUGCCGCCUCCGCCUCUGAGCUGCUGAUCACGGCCAACAGCAACACCAGCAGCAUCUCCAUCUCCAAAAAGUCGGAUCUCUUCUCGGUCUCCGCCCUGCUACGGCGGGACGAGCCACAGCAGAGGCGCGCCCGCAGUCCCCCACUCGGCCAUCUGGCCAGCUCUGCCUCGGCUCUGGCCAUGCCCUUCAAUCCUUUGGAGGCCAUGCGGCAGGGCUAUCCUCCGAACUACGAGGCGGCCAUGUUCCAGCGUCCUCUGUUCUCGCCCGCUCUGCCCUUUUUUGCCGCCGUAGCCUUCCACCAGGGCCAACAGCAGCAGCAACAGCAACAGCAGCAACAGUCCGGACUGGGAGCAGGCUACCAUCCGGACUCGCAGGAAAAUCUCUUCCGUUUGCGGAGUCUCAUGGCACCACUGCAGUCCGCCGGACAAAACAACUCCACAGCAGCGGCUGCGGCAGCGGCGGCAGCAGCGGCCGCCGUGGGUGUGGGCGUUCCACCAAAUGGCGGGCACUUGGGUCUGCCGCACGCGCCGCAUCUGCAUUUCCAUCACAUGGCGGCCAAGUGGCCGGGCCUGCACCAAUUCAGCGACCUGUACUCGUGCAUGAAGUGCGAGAAGAUGUUUUCCACUCCGCACGGCCUCGAGGUGCACUCCCGCCGGACUCAUCACGGCAAGAAGCCCUACGCCUGCGAGCUGUGCAACAAGACCUUCGGCCAUGAGGUCAGCCUCAGUCAGCACAGGGCGGUGCACAAUGUGGAAAAGGUGUUCGAGUGCAAACAGUGUGGCAAGCGCUUCAAGCGUUCCAGCACACUGUCCACCCACCUGCUCAUCCACAGCGAUACGCGGCCUUAUCCCUGCAGCUACUGCGGCAAGCGGUUCCACCAGAAGAGUGAUAUGAAGAAGCACACCUAUAUACACACAGGUGAGAAACCGCACAAAUGUCAGGUGUGUGGCAAGGCCUUUAGCCAGAGCUCGAACCUGAUAACGCACUCCCGCAAGCACACCGGCUACAAGCCCUUCUCCUGCAAGCUCUGCCACAAGUCCUUCCAGCGCAAGGUGGACCUGCGACGCCACAAGGAGACCCAGCACACCGAUCUGCGUGUCCAUCUCGGCAAAGUGGACUUCAUGUCGGCGGCAGCGGCGGCGGCAGCAGCCUCGGCCGAGCUGGCGGCCGGUGUGGGUGGUGGCCAGCAAGCGGGUCCAUCGCCAGUGAAUCAGGGGCCCAAUGCGGUCACAUCCGGUCCUACAGUACAGGGAGGACCACCACAGAUGGGGUCCCUCAACUGCCAGAAGGUAUCGCUGCUGGUAUAACAGCAACAGCAGCAGCAUGGGGCAGGUCAAAUCCAAAUCAACCGCAAUCAUUGUGCAAUAGAUGAAAGUGAAAAUCGUCAUCGUCAGGCAUUUUCCUUUGCCGUUUGAAAUACACCAAAACCAAAAACAAAAAAAAACCAAAAAAGAAAAAGAUAAACUAAUUUAAAUAGUUUUAGGCCCAAAGACAGUUAACCAAUAUUUCCCAUGUUGCCAAAAAAGAAUAGCAAAAAACUACCACGAAAUAAUACCAAAGAAAAUCGAAGAAUUAAACAGGAAAAACAUUAAUAUAAUUAAAGACUCCAAUUCUCAUAAAAUCUAACAAACAUACAUAGAUAUUGCCAUAUACAUAGCUUUCUCUCUUAACUCUCUCAUCUCCAAAGCAAAAACCAAGAACUAUUCCAAACACACACAAAGUUAAAGAGUUUCCAAUAUUUUUCUCUAUGUAUGUGAGAUUGUA